UUUGUUUCUCUAUAAAUAUUUUUCAAAGUUUUAAUUUCAUUUCAGUCUAUCAUCAAUCUCUAUUUGAGAGAGCCUGAACUCCUUCACUAAGACCCAAGAUUAAAAGUAAGAGGAACCAUUAAAUCAUGAAGAAUAAUAAGUCGAAUAACAGCUACUCGAAUGAUCACUUGUUCUAUGAGAUUCUGGUAAGAAUCUUCACAGUUCUUCAUGUUGCAGACCUUGCUAAAGCCUCCAUGGUUUGCAAAGCUUGGAACGUGGCCAGUCGUGCCCCUGAGCUUUGGAAAACACUUGAUCUAAAUGAACUAGGCAUGGAUCUGCCAUUGAGACCAUAUGCUUGGUUUGGUGAACAUUCAAGCAAGAAAAUGACUCAAAUAUUGAAGUAUGCAUCAAGUUUGGGUGGUGAAAACAUAAGUUGCUUAAUAUUUAAUUAUUAUGUCUACUUGACAAAUGCGCACUUAAUCUCGAUUGCGGAAAGGACUCCGAAUCUUAAAAUGCUGGUGCUUCCAAUAACAGGUAACAUCUCAAAAUUUGGAGUAGAAACUGCUAUGAGGUCAUGGAGAAAUAUUGAGUCCAUAACAAUUACCGAAAUGUUCAAAAAUGUUAACUUUUUUGAGGUAGUUGGAAAAUAUUGCAAGAACAUCGUUAGGUUAAAGUUUACAUGUUCCUUUGAAAAAGGUCAAGCUGAAGGUAUAGUUAAAUACAUUCCGAAUCUAAGGACAUUAAUUAUUCGAAAUGUUAUGGUAAGCAUGACAGGUUUGUGUCAUGUGUUGAAUAGCUUGGAACAUUUGGAAGUAGUGAACUUAUGUCAUUGUCUUCUUACUGAUUUAUUAGAUGGUAGUUUUCGAAUAUACUAUAUUCGCGAUUUGCAAAAACGCGUCAAUUUUUCGGGUGAGCUUACAGUCUGCAACGAAAGUUCGUGUCUUCCGUCGACAAAUAGGUUGGAGGAAUGACCAGAGAAGACUAUCAUAUGGAAUCUUGGAAGAUAUUUGGCGUGAAGAUGAAAUAAAGUUUCUUGCUUAUUAAGUGAUUAGUUAUAUGUUGAAGAUUGCUUGAACCUCAUGAUUUUUUUAAACAUCAAUAAUAUGAAUCUUGGAAGAUUUUUAAACGUUUUGUUCAUUUUGUAUUAGAACCAUGUUUGGAGACAUUGUAUUGUAUGACUUGCAUUUGUCUAGUCAUUAAAGUUAUUGAGAAAUAAGAUAGUCUUUUGAAA